AUGCCUAAUGUUGUGCUUGAUCGAUUUUGUUUAUGUAUAUUACCUCAAAUUCAUCAUAAUCUUCAAUUUCUUCUUGUCGAACCAUCGUCAAUUGAACGUAUUGUUCUCGCUUGUGAUUAUCCUAAACUUCAUAAAUUAAUAUUAAAUUCGAUCAAACCUGAAGUUUUUAUAAAAUAUUUAGCGGAUAUGAAAAGAUUUGUUGAUACUGAGAUACAAACAAUUUAA